AUGGGAGACCUAACUCCAAAUUUGAAUGCUACUGCUACUGCCACACCAACCCCCUUGGAGGUCGUUCCGGUUCUGCCGGAAUCAACACCUGAGAAUGAACGUUUUGUUGUAACUGAGGCUUGGAAGCACUCAGAUUUUUUAUGCAAGAAUUAUAUUCUUAGCGGACUGGAGGAUAAUCUUUACAACGUAUAUAGUAAUGUGGGAACAUCAAAAGAACUAUGGGAUGCGUUGGAAAAGAAAUAUAAAACUGAAGAUGCCGGAUUAAAGAAGCUUAUCGCUGUCAAGUUCCUAGACUAUAAAAUGGUAGAUGGCAAGUCUAUUGAUACUCAAGUUCAAAAAUUGCAUGUUAUCAUCCACGAUCUCCUCGCUGAAGGUUUGGUUAUUAGUGACGAGUUUCAAGUUGCGGCAGUGAUAGAGAAGUUGCCUCCUUCAUGGAACAACAACAACAAAGGACUUCAAAAAUUACUUGAAACACAAGCGAAAGGAGAUGACACUGGAAGGUCUCAUCGUCUGAGGAAAAAGGCAUCGGGAUUAAGGAACUAUCCCAACAAGAAGAAAUUCAAGGGAAACUGCCACAAUUGUGGGAAAAUCGGACACAAAGAUACAGACUGUCGUGCUUCGAAAAAGGAUAAGAAGAAGGGUCAGGCUAAUAUGGUUGAAACAAACGAGGAAGUUUAUGACUUGUGCGCUAUGUUGUCUGAGUGCAACCUAGUGGGAAAUCUGAAGGAGUGA